UCGUGUCGGAUCAUCUUAUGAAAGGCCUAUUAAUAAUAAUAUGACCUCGACCAGUUGACCCUAGUGCUAAAGUCAGUUCAUUUUGAUCUCCCUGAGUUAGACCUAGCAUAAAAGCUUUGGCGUAAGAGUGACACUAUACUUCGUACUUCAUGAUUAUUCGGCGUAAUAGUUUCUUCCGCAACUUAUCAACGGCCAAUCAACUAAAACCCAAUUUCCCACCCAUUCAAAACCCCAAAUUUACCCGCCAAAAUGUUCUUCUCCCUGAAGAAACGUGUAACCAGAUUUUGGAUUCACACCCAGAUCUCAAAACCUUGAAACAACUUCAUGCCAACAUAUUAACCCACCAUAAUCUUCAUUCAAGUUCUUCUAUUCGACUCAAAUUGAUCAGGGCUUAUGCUGGUUUUCGCUUAUUGGGUGUUGCCCGCCAACUGUUCGAUGAAAUUCCUGAGAGAAAUGUCAUAUUUUUCAAUGUUAUGAUUAGAAGCUAUGUGACCCACCAACAGUACCAAGAUGCUCUACUGGUGUACAAGAGCAUGUCUAGUGUUGCAGUUAGACCUGAUCAUUAUACAUACCCCUGUGCUUUGAAGGCUUGUUCCGGGUCUGGGAAUUCGUGGGUUGGUAGGCAAAUUCAUGCUGCUGUGUCUAAAAUUGGGCUUAACUUGAAUUUGUAUGUUGAGAAUGGGUUAGUUUCUAUGUAUGGAAAGUGUGAUUGUUUGAUGGAUGCUAGAAAAGUUCUUGAUGAAAUGCCUGUUAAAGAUGUUGUUUCAUGGAACUCAAUGGUUUCUGGGUAUGCACAAAAGGGACGUUUCGACGAUGCCCUCAACAUUUGUAGAGAAAUGGAGUCAGUGAAGUUGAAUGCAGAUGCUGGUACUAUGGCAAGUUUACUUCCAGCUGUUACCAACACUUCUUCUGAAAACAUCAUUUUUGUCAAAAGUAUGUUUGAGAAGAUGGUUAAGAAGAGUCUGGUAUCAUGGAAUGUAAUGAUAGCUAUGUAUGUGAACAACUCCAUGGCUGAAAAAGCCAUUGAUGUUUAUUCCCAAAUGGAAGCUAAUGGAAUUGAAGCAGAUACUGUCACCUUUACUAGUAUUCUUCCUGCUUGUGGAGAUCUUUCUGCUUUUUCAUUAGGAAGUAACAUUCACAAACAUGCUAAAAGGAAAAAGCUUCUUCCAAAUUUAGCCUUCGAGAAUGCAUUAAUUAACAUGUAUGCCAAGUGUGGUUGCUUAAAGGAAGCAAGGGAAGUGUUUGAUACUAUGCUGAUACGCGAUAUUGUUUCUUGGAGUUCUAUGAUUUCUGCUUAUGGUGUUAGUGGACAAGGUAACGAAGCUGUUUCCCUCUUCUCGAGAAUGAGAGAAGAAGAAGGUUUGAUUCCUGAUUCAAUUGCAUUUGUUGCUGUUAUGUCGGCCUGCAGUCAUGCAGGGAUGUCGGAAGAAGGGGAGCAUUACUAUAAACUAAUGACUGAAAAUUACAAUAUAACACCAAGAUUAGAACAUUAUUGUUGCAUGGUUGACCUUUUAGGCCGAGCAGGGAAAGUAGACGAGGCUCUCACUUUCAUCAAGGAGAUGACAGUAGAGUCGAAUGAAAGAGUAUGGGGAGCUUUAUUAGGUGCAUGUUGUGUACAUUCCAACAUGAAUAUUGGGUUAAUUGCUGCUGAACAUCUUUUUCGAAUGGUUCCUGAACAGUGUGGAAUUGGAUAUUAUGUGCUGCUAUCUAACAUUUAUGCUAAAGCAGGGAAAUGGAAGGAAGUUAGCACAAUUAGAUCAUCAAUGAAGAACAAAGGUAUGAACAAAACACCUGGUAUUAGUAACGUGGAACACGAUGGUCAAGUUUACACAUUUCUUGCAGGGGAUAGAUCACAUCCACAAACUAAAGAGAUUUAUGAUAAGUUACAUGUGUUAUUGGGGAAAAUGAAGGAAGAAGGUUAUGUUCCUGAGAUGGAUUUUGCACUUCAUGAUGUGGAGGAGGAAGAUAAAGAAGGUCAUCUUAGAGUACACAGUGAAAAGUUGGCUAUCAUGUUUGCACUUAUAAAUACCAAACCUCCAACACCUAUCAGAAUUACUAAGAAUCUUCGUAUUUGUGGUGAUUGCCAUGUUGCAAUCAAGCUCAUUUCUAAGAUUACUAAGCGGGAAAUAAUUGUUAGAGAUACUAAUAGGUUUCAUACCUUCAACAGUGGGGGUUGUUCUUGUGGUGAUUAUUGGUGACUACAUAUAGAAUUGUGCUCAACCUGUUAGCUUUAGUGAAAAGGCAUUUUAUACCUUGGGAAGUGUAAACAAAAAGGCGUGGAUUUCCCUGGAUUGUUUAGUCUCUAAUCUUGAUUUCUACAGGAGGAUUUCAAAAAUCUGCAGUCUUUUGAUAACAUUUGAUGAUUAUUAUUUCUGAAUGAGAUGAGCAGGGUAAGGACAACUCAAAUGAUCACAGUAGUGAGGAACUUUAGAGCUGUUUUAACAUUGAGUACGGAGCAGGAAGUUUUGUUGAUUUCAAAGCACAUAAUGACAUUUUAAGCUUACUGAAAUCCUCAUCUGACCUUUACAUAAACCCAGUUUCUCUUCUCAGGGACACGUGAAUUAGAAAUAGUGGGAGAGGAACACGCAGCCCAUCAAGACCGGGUGGGGAACACGCAGUAGCUUGCAGGCUGAAGGCUUUCAGCUGUGCUGCUACGUGGAGCAUUGAUUUUUAAUGCAAUAACAUCAAUUUUAUUGGCCUGAUCUGCUCGAGGACAGAGGAGGACCUUAUGAGUGAGUUGCUUGGAAAAUGAAACGUUGGAAAGUGAGUAGAACUCAGGAAAACAAAGAACCCCUGAGCUAAACUUAGCUGGCCACUGCAACCCAAGCCUCCCUGGAAGUUGCAGUUGGAUAGGGGAUGAUGUUGUAGCUUGCCAGGGGCGGGGUGUCCAAGUGCUCCUCUCUUUGGGUGGCGGUGUGGGUACCU